GGUGGCUCGCGGCGUCUUGACGGAGCGCCAUACUGAUAUCGGUUCACGCUGGGCGAUGAUGGACUCGUCUUGGAUCACGCCAGACGGCAAGUUGUCCUUCGUGAAGGGGUGCUACCGCUUCUUGUACGACGAGGACGAUGACGUUGCCAAGAGGGUUCAGCACAUCAACGGCGACACCGUGGACCUGCCUGAGGGGACGCACAUCGUCAAGAAGGUCCACGGCAUCAGCUGCAACUACAGCGACUGGAAGGCGGCCUUGGUGUGCAAACCCUUCUCGGGCGCCAAGCUUCACAAGUUCUUCCAAGCGACCAAGACUGGGCCGUACCGCUUCACCGUCUUCACCAACAAGGACGACGUGCUCAGCGACAAGGUGAAGAAUCGGUACACCACGUGGGCUAAGGGGCGCGGCUCUACUGCCUCGGCGUCUUCGGGUCCCACGGAGGCGCAGAAGGAGCUCCAGGAGUCCAAGAAGCGCACUAAGACGACGGCCAUGGAGUCGGCUCGCAAGAAGGCGAAGGACCUCAACGCUUUGAAGAAGGAAGCGAAGGUGUCCUCGGCUUGAGCGUGACGUCGGUCGUCUUCGUCACUAGUGAUAUUGAGUUUUGACCUGAGGAGUUCGUGCGAGUGGCAUGUCAACCACCUUGUGUAUAUCCGUCGCAGCACUGCCCUCAACCUCUAGUGUCGUGGUCAUAUCUUGUCAGCUUUAGUUGACACACGUAGCAGGUGGUGCCGCUAGCAGUUGGUGCCCCUAGCAGGUGAGGCCGCCUGCUGGGUCAGAAUGCGGGUUAUCUGACCGUCGUAGCAGGCACGGUGCCUCCAGCACGCGGUGCCCCCAGCACCUCGUGCCCAGACACGUGCGUAGGAGGGUGGUGCCCCUAGCACCGUUCGAGC